AUGCUUAUCCACUGGACCCGGGUGAUGCGCCAUGGACUGACCAAGUCCUCACAGGAGGACGAGGUCAGAGGUAAUCUUCGAUUAGCCAGGAAAAUCUACAGUCAUAUUAUCCCUCCAUGGCUCGAUUACAAGAUACUGAAGUUACGCGGUCGUAUUUUGAAUUGGAGCUCUGAGCGCGCGGCGUUUGAGGAAACUAAGUUCCAUGAGAGGACUGCGUGCAAAGCUUUUGUCGGGAUCUGCACUUUGGGUGGAUUUUUUAUCAAGAAGGGUCAGCAAUUGUUGUUAAAAAAGGGCCUCAUGCCGCCCCAAUAUUACGACGCAUUGAAACCGCUGUUAGCCGACGUUCCAGAGCGGCCAUUUCUGGUGAUGGCCAAAGUUUUUCAUGAUUCUACAGGUAAAUCAUUGUCGGAAGUUUUUGAGACCAUCAACCCGAAUUGCAUUGGCGCGGCGUCUCUGGCACAAACAUAUGUGGGUGUGCUCAGGCCCGAAUAUCGCGCUGGCAAAGAGGCACGAAAGGUGAUUGUGAAGAUCCAGUACCCCGAGGUGAGAGCAUACUUUGCCCUUGAUCUGAGAAUAAUUCUCAGACUGUGCAACUCCUUCUUCCCACGAAUGUAUGAGGCGAAUAAGGCGGCGCAGGAACAACACUUGCGCGAACUGGACAUGUGGAACGAGGCGCAAACACUUGAACGCAUGGGUCGGGCCAUGGCCCGUGCCGGUCUAUCGCCUCACAAAGUUGUGGUCCCACAACCAGCGCGCUGCUUGACGUCGAAGCUUGUAAAUGAUGGCUACCGAAAGAGCAAAAAAACCCUCGGUUUGGAUAUCAUCGAAGGAGCGGUCCGACUCGAGAGACCCAUUCAAUCUAGAUUGAAAAAUGAGGAACGUCUCGCGCGUGGAGCGAUGCCAAUAUUUGCGCCUGCAAUUGAACAUGCCCCACAGACCCGUGGCAAUGAACCUAGAUUCAACAGGCAUAGUUGGAGAAGAAGCGAACGCCAGAUCGAACGACUCCCCAGGAUUACGGCUGUGCUCGUCGAGCGUCUGGGUGUCGCUCUGACUCAGCUCCGCGGCCAUCCGGGCUCAUCGAGCCAGCUGCCCCCGAUACGCCCUUUAAAAGCAUCGAUCGAAUUAUGGUCAUCAAUCCCAGCUAUGACCGAGAUGGAGCAGAGAGCUAUAACAGAGCAUGACUGGUUCAGUAACUCACACAAAGCUGAAGUUGAGUUCUAUCGCACAUUCCAUGUCAUAUGUAUCGCAUUGAGUAGCCUCGUGAUUCCCAUCAUCCCCAUAAUUUGCAUUACCCUGUGUAGUUUUUACAUCGAGGACGAGGGAGCGCUCAGGAGCGCCUGA